AUAUGUUAUUAUAUUGAUACAGUGAUCUAAACUAUUUGAAACAAAAGCUAAAAUGAAUAACUUCCUGUUUUUAAUAAUCAGCGUAUGCGUUAAUUCAUUUACGCUGUUUAUUUUCAUUGUAUAUUACGGAAAUUUAUUCGGUUCUUUUAAUGACAAAAUUAAUAAGAAAUACGACUAUAUUAUUGUUGGAUCAGGAACAGCGGGUUCCUUGAUAGCACACAGAUUGGCCACGGAAACCAACUUUACAUUCAUCGUAUUGGAGGCAGGAGGCCCAGGCAACCUGCUCUUUGAGAUACCUGUUUUAGGCCCUCUAUUACAUGGCUCACCUUAUGAUUGGCAGUAUGAGACAGUGCCACAGGAUAAUGCUUGUUUGGCUAUGAAAAAUAAGAAAUGCAGGCUCAUUCAAGGAAAAAUAGUUGGAGGCUCUUCAAAGCUCAACAACAUGGUGCAUGUGAGGGGAAAUUUAUCACAUUAUGCCAGUUGGUUCCACCAUCAACACAGCGAACACUAUCUAAAGAAACAGUUUGAAUUUGUUGAGAAACAGUUCCUUCACAUAGACAAUGUUUUAUACAAGAGUGAACUAGCCAAUGCAAUUGUAAGUGCUGCCAUAGAAUUAGGAUAUGAAACUAAUAAUGGACAAUUUACAACGAGUAGACUAAGUCAAUACAAAGGUAAGAGAUGGUCCUUGUCUGAUAAAGUAGAUAGUAAACAUGUAGUCACAAAUGCUUUAGUUAGUAAAAUUUUAGUCAAAGAUAAUGUAGCUUAUGGUGUGAAAGUAUUGAAGUUUGGUAAAGAAAUUGAAGUUCAUGCCAGAAAAGGAGUCAUAGUUUCAGCUGGUACUUAUAACAGUCCCAAACUCUUACAACUGUCUGGGAUUGGACCCAAAAGUUUAUUAAAUUUUUUAAAUAUACCAUUAGUACAAGAGUUGCCAGUAGGUGAACACUUACAAGAGCAUGUAGCUACAGGCCUGGACUUACUCUUAUUCAAUACUUCUUUAAGAGUCAAUGCUUUAAAUGUUCUUAAUCUCAUGAAUGUAUAUGAAUACUUUAUAAAUGGCCAGGGGCCUUUUACAUCCCCCGGUUGUGAAGCUGUGGGUUUCUUGUCAACUAAGGGUGGGAAAGAACCGGACUUACAAUUCAUGGUGUUGCCAGUAGGAAUAGCAUCAGAUGGCGGCAGCCAUUUGAUGAAAUUAUUAGGGUUAUAUGAUGAAGUUUGGGAUAGUUAUUUUGCAAAGCUAUUUGACAAACAUACAGCUACUAUUUUACCUAUAGUUUUACAUCCAAAGAGUAAAGGUAAAGUUUACAUAAACAGUAGAGAUCCUAAUGCACCUCCACAGAUUGAUCCAAAAUAUUUUGAGGAAAAAGAAGAUCUAGAUGUUUUGAGGAAUGGUGUGAAGAAAGUAUUACAGUUUAUAAACACGCAGGCAAUUCAGGAUAUAGGUGGAUUUGUUAAUACUUUACCAUUUCCAGGUUGUGAGAGAUAUGUUUUGUUCUCUGAUGACUACCUGGAUUGUUACAUAAGACAUUUAACAUUGACUAGCUACCACCCUGUAGGUACAUGCUCUAUGGGCAUAUCUGCAUCAAAUUCUGUAGUUGAUACUUCAUUUAGAGUGCAUGGUGUAAGAAGCCUGUAUGUGGUGGAUGGUUCAGUGUUACCAACAUUACCCAGUGGUAAUAUUAAUGCUGCUAUUGCUAUGAUGGCAAACUUGUUUUUUAAUAAAAUUAUUAAAAGUAGAAACUGUAAUGCAUGUUACAAAGGUGAUAUAAUUUAUGAAUAUAUUUAUGAUAUUUGUUUACAAGAAAAAAUGUGAAAGUAAAUGAUAAUGCAAAUAUGUUUUGAAACUUUAUUUUGAAGUAUUAAAGACACUUCUAACAUGAAAUAUUUGAUAUUACAUGACAUUUGAGCCGAAAUUUCAAAACAACCAUUUCAAAUCUCAGAUAAGACAUCCAACUACAAAAGUAUUACAAUAUCUAAGACCAGUGACCAUCAUUUAAUCUUAAUAAUACAUUUAAAACGAGACCAAUUGUCACGAACCCCUGGACUUCAUCACAUGACAUGUCAGCUAUAUAAAACAUUUUUAUUGUUUUUCAAUUCACAAAGAAUUAUUAUAAUACCUACUAAAAUUACUUAAGUAAAACAAAUGAUUCAUAUUGCAAUGACUAGACAUAAAUUAUUUCUAUGUAUAAAAUCCUGCUUUCUACUUACAUGUUAGUUACUCAAGAUAUUACAUGAUGAGCCUAAUAUAAGAAUAUCUGAUGAAAAUACGCUCUGGGUCCAUAAGAAUAGAGUUUAUUUUUAAGGUGUUUUUGUCAGUAUCUGAAAACCAGAUAUUUUUGUAUUGAACUGCAUCUGCAUAAUUAUUUUAUUACAUAUGUCAGAGAAGAGAACAAGGUUUCGUCUGCAUAUCCACAAUAUUAAGAACUUAUGUAAGUAUACAUGUAAGGAUUCUCAGUUACAGCCUGUCAAAUAGAAUAGAAAUUAAUAGGGGCGCCUUAAUUAUUUGAGAUUUAUAAAACGAGGAAUUCUAAGCAAAAUUUUUUAAUUAUUGAAAUAUAUUUUCUUUUUCCUUGUUAAGUAUAAAAGCCGCCAUAAUACUGAAUAUUCACAACACCCCGUCUAACGCUACUAAACUAUUGACUUACAAGACUUACAUUUAUGUAAGUAAGUACUUAAUAACUACAUAUUAUGGCUUGGCAAAAAAGAAUAGAAAUUUAAAAGUGGCAACAUCGUAGUUCCAUCCCUUUUAAGUGAAUAUGUGUGAGAAAACGGAACGACACGACAUUACGAUAUUGCCACUUUUUAAUUUUCUACUCUUUUUUUUCAGGCGUAUGGUUUGGGCACAGUACCUAAUCUACGUUUUAAGUGCAACAACACACAUGGACGGAAACGUGUAAGUACCUAAGUUAAAUAUACAUUUAGUUAUUGCCUAGUUUACAACGUUUAGAUAAAAAUAAACUCAAUUAAAAUGGGCACCAAACACUCCUAACCAAUAGUAUGGAUCUUAUAUUGUUACGUUUAAAGUCCACUGUAGCACGUUCAUUGAUCGAAAUGUUAUUUGUGUCGAAAUCUAGGAAAAGGUACUACUACUUUGUCUCUUACUAUAAGGAUGUAAUUAGCCUGUGUUUUAUACGAAUAACCUAUCAAAGCGUUCGUAUGGCAAGCGACAAAAAUGGUACCUACUUAUUGCUUGGAAACGACUCAUUUACAAUCAUAAUUAUUUUUCUUUAUAUUUUGCUAACAGCAGUCAAAAGUAAACGCAUCUUAUCACCCUAAAAUAAUAUUGCAAAAUUUUGACAAAAUCUUUAAAUAUUGCUUAUACUACAUUAAACAUCAUUUGUAAAUAAAUUGAAUAUGUGAUAGUGUAUACAUAGUGCUGAGCAAGCUAAAUACGCAUACUGCGUCUUAUAAUACUGGACGGAUUCCUGAUACUAAGGCGUAAUUGCCCUUCUCUGCACUUAUAUCUAAUAUGGCCGAUAUGUUAUUCAUGCUAAUGAUAUGAUAAUCGUAGCUCAAUUGUCAAUUAAGCCGUUAAGCCGUGACCUUGUGACUCUUCGCAACGUCGCAAAAUCUGAAGAGUUUUAAA